UAGACGUAAUAGAUCCUAACAUACCAUAAUAACAAUGGAUAAUAUUGUUAUUAAGCAAUUAGCACCAUGUGCGGAACGUAUAAAGCAAAUGUGCCGAGAAUACCUAACGAAGGUUACAAAUUUGGCAAUCGCAACUGGAUAUAUUCCACCGAAUCGCAAACCUAACCGAGUAGAUCUUAAAAAGGCACUACUUGAUGCUACCAAAGGCAAAUCUAUCACCAGUUUCAUAAAGUUCAUGGAUUCUCAAGACAAACGGCAUUUAUUGACGAUGAUACACAUGGAAUGCCCAGUAACAUGUCCAAGUAAAAAUAUCAUGCUACCACCGGUUGAGUCCAUGCCAAGAAAUGUUAUGAGAUCAGCGAAAAAACUACGUAAUUUUUUCGGAGUACCGGAGGCGCAGAUAUGCCGGGGUUGUGUCAAAAGAGUUCGGUGCAGGAAAUAUCAGCAGAUCGAGCGAGAUUUACCUGAUUUGAGUGAUAUAGCUGCAAUUUUAAUCGGAGUUUAUUCGAUUUGUAAGCUAAAUUUAAAAGAGUCACCACUGGUGGUUGCCCAAUCAUCCCUGAAGGAACUGGAUUCAGUUAUUGCUAUUACAGGCACCUUGAUGUCUUAUAUACAGUCUAUAUUAACUAAACCAGAUCCCGUAACUUUAGAGGAGAAGGAGCGCAACCGGCUUUUGCAAAAACACAGGAAAUUGGUUGAGUUGAAACAAUUGGAGAUUCUUAAAGAAAAGGCUUUCAACCUGCCUAAACAUUUCAACGUUACACCUGCGGAAUACACCUACAUGACUAGCUUCCAACGAGACAUGUACAAGAAGCUUUCUAAACCACUUAACAAGCGUAAUGAAGAUGAUGAUAUCUGGGUGCUAGAUCGUGGAGAUACCACCCUUUCGGAUGAUCCAGAUGAUACAUUCAAAGGCCUUUCCAAGUUGAAUGAUGCUCACUUAUACACUCUUCCUAAGUCGAUCACAGCUGAUCCCGUUGAUCCAAAACAUGUAGAACAAUUGCAUCCUGGUACUGUCCAAUUUAGAAUGAACUAUGAUACUCCCAUGGGUGGGGAUUUAGAUAUUGUACGCUAUGACAUAAAACAAGACUCAUUCAUACAAGGAGUCAAGGUAAACGCUAAAGGAAAAGUAGUAAUUGAUCUGGAAAAGCACGUAACCUCACCCAACCCACAUAUCGAUAUCGCAAAAGGCUUGGAAGCCUAUCGCCCUAUAUCAGAAAACGUAGCAUCUAGAUACCAAUCACUUGUAAAGAGCCUAGAAACCGAUUCUAUGCGGUUACCAUUCCUGAAACAUGUAAACUAUGACUUCGGAAGUCAAAGUUCUGGUGGCAUAGACCAACCCAACGAUAAAAAUUCUACCAAUGAAGCUAGUCACCUGGAAGAUUUGAUCACGGCGUUACACUCAUAAAAGUCGAUAAUUCGAAGUAGCCUAAUGUUGUGCAACGAUACUU